GAGAUCAUAGAGCUGUCGGUUCAAUUGGAUAAAAGUAAGGCAUUGGCUGGUGAUGCUGAGAAGAAGAUGUCUAAGGUUGAGCCCAAAGUGUCUACUGGCGAGGCAAAACUUGUUGAGGUUGAGGCGAACUAUGCUUGCCUAAUUGAGCAGGUCGAGAAAUUGAGGGCCAAAGUAGUGGGGAGAUCUAGGAGGGAGGAAGAGAUCAUCAAGGAGUGCAAAAAUGACAUACUAUUGGUCUUCAAGGAGCUUAAGAGGAAGACCUUCAAAGAAGGCUGGGAUGUCGCUCUCACGACCUCGAGGCAUAUGUACAACCCUUCUCCUAAGAUAGUGGAGGUGGAUGAGUCUACUGAGAAUCCUCUUGUGCAUCCCCAGGCCAAUCCUCCUGCCUUCCCUGAAGCAGAUCCUACUGCUUCCAAGGUUCCAUCUGCUCCUGAAGUUCCCUCAGCACCUAUGUCGACAACCUUUUGA